CAUGGCUAUCUCAAGCACGAUCUUCUUGAUGCUUUCAAUACAGCUUUGAGGAAAACAGUUGCACAGCCAUGUGUCUCCUAUUAAUCAUACAAUGUUUCUUGCUGUCUGUAGGACCUGAGAAGUAAGCACCCUCUCCUUUAAAAAGUUUGGAGAAAAGGGGAGAACAUACACAAAAGAUAAAAGCAACCACAGAUUUAAAGGAGUCCUGCUCACCAGCCCUUGUACCACUUGACUUGUGCUUGGACUGUGAAGUCUAAUCUGCAGUAACUGACAAAAAGACAGCAUUGUGUACAUAGGACACCUAAUGGACAAUUAGCCACCGUGUUUGCAAGUUAAGAUUUAUGACAUUCAAAGCAUUAUAGUGCUCCUAUAUGAGAUCAGCUAUGAAUUGGAAUACGAAACCUCCAUCAUACUCAAAAAACCAAUCAUCUUUGUUGCAUCAGUGGCUAAGGAGCCAAAUCACCCCAGCAUCUCCAGGUUCUUUCAGCUCUCCUAGAAGUACACGGGAGUCAUGCAUGUAUUCCAGUGACUCACAUCCAGCAUUGCAGCCACUGCUAAACAUCCAGACUUACAAAACUCCUCAACUCCUUGGGGCAAAUCUGCACAGCAGGACACCUGUGGCCCCACAAACUUCAGUUGAACAAAGGACAUAUAUAAAUGUUUCAGGCCUCCAAUCCCCAAAUCUUAAUUUGCAAAUGUCUUCUGGCAUCAUGAACAAUGUAUGGUUGAACUCACCCAUGACGAAUUCUUUGCCUCACAAGGAUGUAGCUGUAGCUCCUCAAACUGACUUGGGGACCAGUGUGCCUAAUGUCCACACCCUACAGGGUCACCUUGUCCCAACAGAAAGCUAUCCUGCGCAACUACAAAUAGCUCCUUCAAGUUCUGUAAGAACUUCUGUGUCUGUUCAAGGGAAUGAGAGACUGAACCCCUCGCUAUUAGAUGCACAGCAGUAUAUGUCUCCUGAGCUGGCAUACCCAGAUAACAGGCUACUUCCGAAGCAGUACUCCUAUUCAAGACCACAGGGCCUCCCGCAAGAGUCUGGUAUUCAGAAACCAACCCUUAUGCCAUCUACAUCAUUGCAAGUUCAAAAUGGCCUCCCUCCAGCUCCUCCACAGACUAUACAGCCACUGCAGACUAUGACUAUAGCAACCUAUCAGUGUGCUGCAGAGAAAAGACCCCAGCUCCCACCCCCUCCCUACAGUUGUCAGUACAGAAGCCAGCCUCUUCCUAAUGCUCAACCUGUCAUUAAACAGUUGUCCCCAGUGGAUGUCCCCCCAAAUCCAGAGGUGGGCUCCUAUGAAAUGGGGAAAGACUUGUGUAAAGGCCUUCCUCUGCAGUGGCAAAGCACUAAUGAAAAUAAGCAGAGGAAAUUAUAUAACUGGCAAGUCAAGCAGCCUUUACCUGAGCCAGUUGAAUCUGCCAUUAAUAUGCAGACACUCGCUGCAAGUAAUCAAGGGCAAGUCAAUUCGUAUAUCUCAACUUCAGGUCAAAUACUGGACUCCAGUGAUAUCACAAAAGAAAAACUCGUGCGGGAUAUCAAAUCACUCAUAGAAAUAAAAAAGAAGUUUUCAGAAAUUGCAAGGAAGAUUAAAAUUAAUAAAAAUCUUUUGCAAGCAGCAGGUUGUAGUAAAACUACGAAUACCCCAUACACUGGCCCAGGUCAGCCUUCUGAAUUAUCUGCCAGAGCUAUGCCUGCUACAAGCAGCGGCCAUUGUUCUAUGGAACUGCUAGCCACGUGUCUUUCUCUUUGGCAAAAGUCACCUGCACAAGUGACAGAUGAAAGCACUUCAAAGCUAUCCAUGGAAAACCAGGGUGUUGUGUCCACAACACAUACAACAAUUGCAUCCUCAGAGCCUGUGGAAGAAGGUCCUGGGAAGAGCCUUUGCUCUGUUGAGGGAAAUUCUCACAACAAAAUGACUAGCCCUUCCCAUGUUGUGAACCAGCAUUUUGAGUCUCCCACUGUAAAUACUACAAAGGGAACAGAACCUCAGAUUGCAGUCGUGUCACCCCUAAUUCUUUCACAGGAUAAAACUUUGUCCGUCAAAGGAGCGGCACUGGAAUCCUUACCUGAGCCAGUGUAUCCAAUUAUUAAAGAAGGUAGCAUCUGUAGCUUACAAGAUCAACUAGCACAAAGUUCAGGAGUACCUGCUGCUUUGCAUGUUGAUGUGAAUGGGUCUGGAGCAGGUGCAUCCAGCAGACUUCCCUCACUAGUUCAUAAGGAAAAGCAGAAUGAGUCAGGUAAUGGGAAUUCAGAAGAUACACAUAUUGCUGUUAUGAGCAAAGUUUUCUCACUAGUUCAGAAGGGAAAGCAGAAUGAGCCAGGUAAUGGGAAUUCAGAAGACCCACCCAAGGCUGAUCUAGGAAAGCAGUCUCCUGUGGGUGAUCUGCAAACUUUGUAUAAAUCAGAGCACAGUACUUCAGUGACUUGUGACAUGUUACAGAUUGGAAAUAUUUGUUCUCUUGUUGAAGGUAAUACAGCUUAUGAUUCCCAAAUAGCAAACAUAUUCAAGUCUUCUCCUGUGAAAAACACUGAGGCACAUGAACCUUCUCCAUGCAAUUCAGAAACAAAUAGUGAACAGCAAAAAGGACAUCGUGCCUGUGAAAAGGAAAACUGUGAUUUCCAAAAAGAGCAGUUUAUACAUAGAACAGAUAAUCCUUAUGAAAUAAGCAGCCAGUCAAAGCCACCACAGUCUCAUGAGUCAUUACCUGGUGAGUAUGGUGAAGCAAACAGAAAAGUUGAAGAAAAAUAUAACAUGGAUUGUACCACUCAGAAAGAUGGCCUGGCUGAGGGUAUGUGUCAUUCAUCUCCUCCCAUUCAGCCAAAUACUUGUCCUCAGGAAACCCACACAUCUGGCGAUGUGUGCCAGAUGUGUGCCAGAGAUCCCAUGAUAAAUGAGAGUACCGACCACAAUUCUGUCUUGUGCCUGCAAGACCAACUAUCUGAACUUUUAAAAGAGUUCCCCUAUGGCAUUGAAGCCAUGAGCACACAGAAAGGUUCUGUGGGCCAGCCAAUAACGAUGAAUUCCUCAGACAAUCAAACUGGCAGUAAAGUGGCUUCUGAUCCUGAGGGGUCCACAGACCAAAUACAAAUUACCAUAUUAAGCUCAGAACAGAUGAAAGAGAUAUUUCCCGAAGAAAAAGGUCAACCUUGUGACAUUGACCCGUUAGCAGAACCACAGAAAGAAAAGCCUGUUCCAGAAGCAGAGGACCAAUGUGCCUCAUCUACACCCAUGGGAGAAAAAAGCUUUGAUCAUAUCACUGACAAGUUAGAAGAAGAUGAAGUACAUUGCUGUGCCUUGGGCUGGCUCUCUGUACUUUAUGAAGGAGUACCCCAUUGUCAAUGUAAAGCCACUAAGAGCUCCACUAGACUGAAAGAUGAGGACAAAGGGCAGUGUUUGCCUUUGAAAAUCAGCACCGGUAAAGGGGAGGGGACCCCUGAUGAAGACGUCACUAUUGUUGAAUGUAUUAGUAUCUCAAAUAAGUCAAAGACUCCACUGAUUCCGCUGGCCCAGAAAAGUUUUGUUCUUGAAGUACCUGGCACUGGGAGAGAGACUACAUCCAGAACAAAACAGAACAGCCCACAGAGGGUAGCAAAAGAACUACCUGAUCAGGUUUCCUCCAGGUGUGAUAGUGACAGUCAAAAACAUAUGUCCAAAAAAAAUCAGGACAGCUCAAUAAAGGUGAGACGAGAAGGUACUAGUCCCUCUUCAUCUAAAGAUGGCAAGUUAGAUUCCUUGCAAAGUCAUAAAAGAAAAAGAAAAUGGAAAUUCCACGAGAGCUCUGUUAACGCCCACAGUAAAGUGGUGACAUGUAGUGGGCCAGCUUCACCUGAAAAGCUGCAGAAGAACCACACACAAGCUUUACAGCCACUACAAACCGCUCCCAAUGGGAGAGAUCCACAGAGGGUGAACAGUUCUUUGAUACAGUCCACAGCACCAAAAAAGCUGAAAUUCCGUGCUGGUGGCUCAAAACUAAUAUAUCUGGAAAAAAGGACAUUAGAGCCAGAAACCACAUUGGAUUUGGAAACAAAGAAGAAAAAAACGAAUCAUCAGGAACAAUCACAAAAUGCAGGAAGUGCGCCAAAAUUAGAUACUGUUUUGCCAAGCCAGAAGGAAGAAGCCAGCGUGAAAGACAAGGUGGAAUCCAAUCCACUGUCAGCGUGUAAAAGUAAAGUAAUCACACUGCAGGAGUAUCUGCAAAGGCAGAAGCAGAAGCAAGAGGAUAAAGCUUCCAAAAAGAUCUGUGUGGAAAGUGUGCUGUCUAUGGAUCCUCACUCUUCAAGGUCCACUAAAUGCUCAGCACAAGAGGAAAGCAGCAGGAAGAGUCCUAGUGCCGGUCUCUCUAAAGAGCCAUCCAGUAUUUUCACAAGCCAGGAUAGAAACCUCAAGAUCCACUGUCCUAAGGACCUGAAGCCACACAGCUCAAGAAAUGGUAAGGAAAAGGUUGCUAGGAAGGAAUCUGACAAAGCAUGUCUUGGUAAAAGCAAACUGGAGAAAGCCUUGAGCAAUGUAAGUAAGGAAGCAGAGGCCAACCAGAAGAAUCUGCAAGGAAAGGAUCAGAGGAAAACCUAUCUGAACCGUGUAGCAUUUAAAUGCACAGAGCGAGAAAGCAUUUGCCUCUCCAAAUUGGACAGUGUGCCACAGAUGCACCCCAAAGACAAACAGAAUCGGGAACCUAAGCCAAAGACUCCCUUUCCUGAAAGACCCAGCAUGUUGGAGUUUAAAUUCUGCCCAGAUGUGCUAUUAAAGAAUACUACCUCUUCUGAGGAGUGCAAAGACUUGAAGGACUGUCCUAGGAAAGAGCAGCUCCCUGUGCAAGGAAUAAAAAGUACAAAAGAAGACUGGUUAAAACGUGGAAUGACAAGGAAAAGGAUGGAGGAAAGCAAUCAAGAGAUAGACAAUGCUAAGUCAAAAAUGUGCAAGAGAAGCUUCAGUGCAGAUGGAUGUGAGACGCGGGAAAACCCAGCAAAAGACUCAUCAAAGGCAGUAUUUCAGACCUACAAGCAGAUGUACUUGGAAAAGCGAAGCAGGAGCCUCGGGGAUAGUCCUGUGAAAUGACCUCCACUCACGUUCUGCAUUGCUUGACAUUUUGUGUUUGGAAUCUUUGUUGGACAGUAAUUCAGGAUGGCCAAGAUCAAGAAAUCUCCACAGACUUCAAUGAACACUUAGUCCAUGUGCUUUUUUGAGAGUUGCUGUAGGAAAAUGGCACAACUAUGAACAAACACAAAAAGAUACUUGCAAGGCAAGCCAUAAGGUUUUUGGCCUCCACAUUGCUGAGCUAUGUGCAGCCAUUGUUUAACUCUUCAUGAAGAUGGUUCAGUUGUUCCUGAAUGCUGUCAGGUCUGUGAACAUUUUUGGCCUUUGAGAACUUGUUUGUUUAACUAGGACUAUAAAUGUAUUUUUGUUAAUAAGCUACAUUAGCAAAACUUAUUUUUCUGCAGUAUCCACUGUGAAUGUCGGAGUAUGUAUAUUGAGUAUUUUAUGCCUAAUUGUAGAGGGGUUUUAUUUUUUGUUUUGUUUGUUUUUGGUUCCAGAAGUCUUGUUUUUAUACUUGGUCAACUCAAUUUUUUGAUAAAAAUUUGUAUAAAAAUUGCCUUGACAUUACUUUUCAUACUUGAAAAUAAACAUUUAUUUUUUGACAAAUUACA